AAGGGGACGCGCUCGUCGCCGCGCGUCGAGGGCUUCGAAUCCCGCCCGGCGUCUCCACCUCCUCCUCCUCGCCGGAGCCGGACGGACGCGGCGGUCGCGUCGCUCGACCGCGCGGACGACGACGACGACGACGACGACGACAGGACGACGACGCGCGCGAUGGAGGCGAUACGCGAGGGCGAGCGCCAGGCGCCCGCGCCUCCGACGGGGCCCCGGUCCGCGCUCGCGCGCGCGCGAGCGACGCGACCGGAGCAGACGGGCGCGACGACCGCGGCGCCGGAGGAGAAGAGACCGAACUCGCUGUGGCUGGACGCGUGGAACGACCCGAUGGCGGGCGCGCCCGCGUACAGCCCGUGCGUGACGUCCGCGGACCUCGCCGGCGACGGCGAGUGGCGCCUCGUCGUCGCGACGGCGGACAAAAAAUUGAAAACGUGGAACGGCACGACGCUCGCGAGCGAACACACUCUGCUCGAGGUCCCGGUCGGGAUCGCGGCGUUCUACGCGGAGGACCACAACAACCCGGCGUCGAUGAAGGCGCCCUCGCUCGCGGUCGCCGCGGGGUGUUACGUCUACAUCUACCGUAACCUCCGGCCGUUUUACAAGUUCACCGUGCCGAACCAGACGGUGGACGCGGCGGAGACGGUGACGUGGGAGCGCCUCCGCGACGGCGCGAUCGCGCCCGUCGAGGCGUUCGAGACGCUCUCCGAGCUGCGCGACCAGGGCGCGAAGCUCACGUCGCGGUCCCUGGAUCUGCUCGCGAUCGAGGAGGGCGAGGACGUCCAAGCGCGACGCGACGCGUUCGCGUACGGCAACGCGCCCGAGCCGUUGACGCAACAGACGUCGGUGACGUGCGUCGGGACGAUCAAGAAGCGCUCGGACGACGCGGCGUCGCCGGACUGCGUGUACUUCGGGACGGAGUCCGGGCAGCUGUACGUGUUGCACAGCUCCGGGACCGCGGUGCGAAGCGUGUUUCAGUUGCCCGCCGCGCCCGCGUUUGUCGCGUCGACGGGCGUCUUGGAGGUGGACUAUCGAAUCGUCGUCGCGUGCAGGGACGGCAAAGCGUACACGAUCAAGAACGACGAGAUGAGCGGCGUCGUCGUCGAGUUCGAGUCCCAGCCCGUGGGUCUGUGCCUCGGCGGCAAGUCCAUGAUCGUCGGGUGCAUGAACGACGUCGUUCACGCGUACACCGUCAGAGGACGAAAGGAGCACAGCAUCUACAUGCCCUCGAACAUCCUCGCCAUGGAGGAGCUCGUCAUCGACCGCGCGCGGACGUCCCGGUGCCUCAUCGUCGCGCUCGGGAACGACGAGCUCAGGGUGUACAACGGCAAGUGUCUGGUGAGCACGUGCGCGAUGAGCGACCGCGUGCGCGGAAUGAGGUUCGGACGCGUCGGACGAGAGGACAACGCGCUCGCGCUGACGACGAGAGGCGGGAGCGUGCGCGUGAAGAUCAUGCCGCGGUCGGCGAAGCUCGAGGGGUCGAGCCGGGCGGGACCGCCCGCGGAGCAGGACAUCCCGCUCGCGGUGCCGAAGAAGACGAAGCUGUACGUCGAGCAGACGCAGCGCGAGCGGCUGAACGCGAUUGACAUGCACCGGGUGUUUCAGCGGGAUCUGAUGCGGCUGCGGUACGAGACCGGGAAGGCGUACUUGAAGGUCAUGAAGGACGGCACCGGGCCGUCGUCGAGCGGCCAGGACGGCGUGAACAUUCGAUUGAACGCGACGAUACAAGGGCUCGGCCCGCUGUUCCGUCUGAACGUCGAGCUGAAAAACUGCGGAGAGAAGCCGGUGAUGGAGAUCCCGGUGCUCGUGCAGAGCUCCGAGGUGUACAAGAUCCCGAAACCGAUCCACAGGUGCCCGGUCCUGCUCCCGGGGUACACGUACAAGAUAGAGGUCAUGAUCCAUUGCGUGGACCCGAACGGCGGCGCGGACGACGUCCACGUGUACGUGUGCAGAGCCGAAGGCGGGCGGCCGCACGUGAACGCAAUCGUGAAGAUGCCCAUGAGCGAGUUCGCGGACGAACCCCGGUGA